UGUGUGUACAGCGGGGGACGCGCGCUGCCGGCUCCUGGGCUGGCGACAGAUUGUGCAGGAAUGCGAGGAAUGCACCAGGGGCUGAGUCCACACGGCCCUCCGCGGCUACACUAGCGCCUUUCCUCCCCAGCUCUCGCCGCGCAGCCAGAGGUCACCGGAGCAUCUUCAGAGCUGGAGGAAUGCCAGCUCCUGAGCAGGCCUCACUGGUGGAGGAGGGGCAACCACAGACCCGCCAGGAAGCUGCCUCCACUGGCCCAGGCAUGGAAUCCGAGACCACAGCCACCACUAUUCUAGCGUCCGUGAAGGAGCAGGAGCUUCAGUUUCAACGACUCACCCGAGAACUGGAAGUGGAAAGGCAGAUUGUUGCCAGUCAGCUAGAAAGAUGUAGGCUUGGAGCAGAUUCACCAAGCAUCGCCAGCACCAGCUCAACUGAGAAGUCAUUUCCUUGGAGAUCAACAGAUGUGCCAAAUACUGGUGUAAGCAAAUCUAGAGCUUCUGACGCUGUCCAUCCCAACAACUAUCUUAUCAGGACAGAGCCAGAACAAGGAACCCUCUAUUCACCAGAACAGACAUCUCUCCAUGAAAGUGAGGGAUCAUUGGGUAACUCAAGAAGUUCAACACAAAUGAAUUCUUACUCCGACAGUGGAUACCAGGAAGCAGGGAGUUUCCACAACAGCCAGAACGUGAGCAAGGCAGACAACAGACAGCAGCAUUCAUUUAUAGGAUCAACUAACAACCAUGUGGUGAGGAAUUCAAGAGCUGAAGGACAAACACUGGUUCAGCCAUCAGUAGCCAAUCGGGCCAUGAGAAGAGUUAGUUCAGUUCCAUCUAGAGCACAGUCUCCUUCUUAUGUUAUCAGCACAGGCGUGUCUCCUUCAAGGGGGUCACUGAGAACUUCUCUGGGUAGUGGAUUUGGCUCUCCGUCAGUGACUGACCCCCGACCUCUGAACCCCAGUGCAUAUUCCUCCACCACAUUACCUGCUCCGCGGGCAGCCUCUCCGUACUCACAGAGACCCGCCUCCCCAACAGCUAUACGGCGGAUUGGGUCAGUCACCUCCAGGCAGACCUCCAAUCCCAACGGACCAACCCCUCAGUACCAAACCACCACCAGAGUGGGGUCCCCACUGACCCUGACGGAUGCACAGACUCGAGUAGCUUCCCCAUCCCAAGGCCAGGUGGGGUCGUCGUCCCCCAAACGCUCAGGGAUGACCGCUGUACCACAGCAUCUGGGACCUUCACUGCAAAGGACUGUUCAUGACAUGGAGCAAUUCGGACAGCAGCAGUAUGACAUUUAUGAGAGGAUGGUUCCACCCAGGCCAGACAGCCUGACAGGCUUACGGAGUUCCUACGCUAGUCAGCACAGUCAGCUUGGGCAAGACCUUCGUUCCACUGUGUCUCCCGACUUGCACAUUACUCCUAUAUAUGAGGGGAGGACCUAUUACAGCCCAGUGUACCGCAGCCCAAACCACGGAACUGUGGAGCUCCAAGGAUCGCAGACGGCGUUGUAUCGCACAGGCUCAGUAGGUAUUGGAAAUCUACAAAGGACGUCCAGCCAACGAAGUACCCUUACAUACCAAAGAAAUAAUUAUGCUCUGAACACAACAGCUACCUAUGCGGAGCCCUACAGGCCUAUACAAUACCGAGUGCAAGAGUACAAUUACAACAGGCUUCAGCACGCAGUGCUGGCUGAUGAUGGCACCACAAGAUCCCCAUCAAUAGACAGCAUUCAGAAGGACCCUAGGGAGUUUGCCUGGCGUGAUCCUGAGUUGCCCGAGGUCAUUCACAUGCUUCAGCACCAGUUCCCAUCUGUUCAGGCAAAUGCAGCGGCCUACCUGCAGCACCUGUGCUUUGGCGACAACAAAGUGAAGAUGGAGGUGUGUAGGUUAGGGGGAAUCAAGCAUCUGGUUGACCUUUUGGACCACAGAGUGUUGGAAGUUCAAAAGAAUGCUUGUGGUGCCCUUCGAAACCUCGUUUUUGGCAAGUCUACAGAUGAAAAUAAAAUAGCAAUGAAGAAUGUUGGUGGGAUACCUGCCUUGUUGCGACUGUUGAGAAAAUCUAUUGAUGCAGAAGUAAGGGAGCUUGUUACAGGAGUUCUUUGGAAUUUAUCCUCAUGUGAUGCUGUAAAAAUGACAAUCAUUCGAGAUGCUCUCUCAACCUUAACAAACACUGUGAUCGUUCCACAUUCUGGAUGGAAUAACUCUUCUUUUGAUGAUGAUCAUAAAAUUAAAUUUCAGACUUCACUAGUUCUGCGUAACACAACAGGUUGUCUGAGGAACCUCAGCUCUGCCGGGGAAGAAGCUCGGAAGCAAAUGCGGUCCUGCGAGGGGCUGGUGGACUCGCUGUUGUAUGUGAUCCACACAUGUGUGAACACAUCCGAUUAUGACAGCAAGAACCUGUCCUCAGGAGGCUACUCUCCAGAUCAAAGGGCAAGUCUCCAAAAUUACAGAGGCAAGGCCGUGGCAACAUACGAAAAUAUCCUGAGAACAGAGUGGCUUGGAGUGACGGUGGAGAACUGUGUGUGCACUCUGAGGAACCUGUCCUAUCGGCUGGAGCUGGAGGUGCCCCAGGCCCGGUUACUGGGACUGAACGAAUUGGAUGACUUACUGGGAAAAGAGUCUCCCAGCAAAGACUCUGAGCCAAGCUGCUGGGGGAAGAAGAAGAAAAAGAAAAAGAGGACUCCGCAAGAAGAUCAAUGGGAUGGAGUUGGUCCUAUCCCAGGACUGUCAAAGUCCCCCAAAGGGGUUGAGAUGCUGUGGCACCCAUCGGUGGUUAAACCAUAUCUGACUCUUCUAGCAGAAAGUUCCAACCCAGCCACCUUGGAAGGCUCUGCCGGAUCUCUCCAGAACCUCUCUGCAGGCAACUGGAAGUUUGCAGCAUACAUCCGGGCAGCUGUCCGAAAAGAAAAGGGGCUACCCAUCCUUGUGGAACUUCUGAGAAUGGACAACGAUAGGGUUGUUUCUUCCGUGGCAACUGCACUGAGGAAUAUGGCACUAGAUGUUCGCAACAAGGAGCUCAUAGGCAAAUACGCCAUGCGAGACCUGGUCAACCGGCUUCCCGGUGGCAACGGCCCCAGUGUCUUGUCUGAUGAGACCAUGGCAGCCAUCUGCUGUGCUCUACACGAGGUCACCAGCAAAAACAUGGAGAACGCCAAAGCCCUGGCUGAUUCGGGAGGCAUCGAGAAGCUGGUGAACAUAACCAAAGGCAGGGGCGACAGAUCAUCUCUGAAAGUGGUGAAGGCAGCAGCCCAGGUCUUGAAUACAUUAUGGCAAUAUCGGGACCUCCGGAGCAUUUAUAAAAAGGAUGGGUGGAAUCAGAACCAUUUUAUUACACCUGUGUCGACAUUGGAGCGAGACCGAUUCAAAUCACAUCCUUCCUUGUCUACCACCAACCAACAGAUGUCACCCAUCAUUCAGUCAGUCGGCAGCACCUCUUCCUCACCAGCACUGUUAGGAAUCAGAGACCCUCGCUCUGAAUACGAUAGGACCCAGCCACCUAUGCAGUAUUACAAUAGCCAAGGGGAUGCCACACAUAAAGGCCUGUACCCUGGCUCCAGCAAACCUUCACCAAUUUACAUCAGUUCCUAUUCCUCACCAGCAAGAGAACAAAAUAGACGGCUACAGCAUCAACAGCUGUAUUAUAGUCAAGAUGACUCCAACAGAAAGAACUUUGAUGCGUACAGAUUGUAUUUGCAGUCUCCUCAUAGCUAUGAAGACCCUUAUUUUGAUGACCGAGUUCACUUUCCAGCUUCUGCUGAUUACUCAACACAGUAUGGACUGAAAUCAACCACAAAUUAUGUAGACUUUUAUUCCACUAAACGACCUUCUUACAGAGCAGAACAGUACCCGGGGUCCCCGGACUCAUGGGUGUAGCAUCAAGACGCCCGACAGAGGAACUUUUUCUUUCUAACCUUGUUUGGAUUGAGGUGAAGUCCGUCUUGCUGAUUUGAUGAUUGAAAUAUGAAAGUGAAGUGGAAGGAAUGAGUGAAGUGCAUUUUUUUUCUUUUUUGAGGAAUUAUCAGGGAAGUGAGGAAAUGUUUGGGAGAGGACUUUCUAAGCUCUAUUUAGUUGUUAGAUCUAAUUACUUGUAGAUUCUGUAGUCUGGUGAAGGUGUGGGUGACGUGAUGAGAGGUUUGAGAAAUGGGUGAAAUGAAAUGGGGGAUGUGUAGGUCAAAUCCAAUUAAAGAUGAUUUUUUUAAUGUGAAUAAAGUUAUGUUCUGAUAGUUUGUACAGAAAAAAUAAAAUGGAUGCCCAUGUUUUAUCGCUAUUACUAAAUGUCAAGAUUGUAUGCUAUUAUGUCUUGUAAAUUUCUUUUGUUGGUGUAAAUAUGGAAAUGCCACAUUGGUUAAGUGCCAUCAUUUGUAAUGCAGUGUGUCACUUGAAAAGAGAGUUGAAGAAACUGACAACUUCAAAAAGAAAUGGGAAGCCCAAGGAACUGUGAGCAAUUAAAAUCAAACUGCGACGUCCUUUGUCUCCACCAUGCAUAGUGUACUUUGGAAGCACAACGUCCAGGCUGGUACCGCAGCGCCAUGCCCAUUCCUCGCCUCGUUCAUAGGACACUUCACUGCCAUUUUCUAUGCACAUGAAAGAAAAAUAAAUGUGGAAAUUUCAUCCUUGGAAA